AUGGCGAUAGAGGAUUCGAAGAAGCGCAAAGCGGAAGGAAAGGAUGGCAACGGCGCGUCAGGCUCGGCUCGUCACCACAUCAGGUCCGAGGACCCGCCCGCGGCGCUCACGGCGCACCAGGCGCGCAUGCUGGUGGACGUCAUGAAGGACGGCGACGUUCGCGAAGCGCUCGUGAGCGCGGCGAUGUCGCACAGCGCCGUCGCCGACGCGAUCAUGGAGGUGGUGGGUCGCGACUCGCAGCAGCGGCGAAUAUUCGUACGAGGGCUUGACUUCAACACCACCAACGAGACGCUUCGCCGAAUCUUCGUGUCCUUCGGCGACGUGGAGGACCUUCAGAUCAUCAAGGAGAAAGGGACGGGUCGCUCGCGCGGCUUCGGCUUCGUCACCUACCGCUCUCUGCGCGGCGCCAUUCGCGCCUUGGAGGAGCCCUCCAAGUUCGUUGACGGGCGAAUGGUCGUCUGCCAGCUGGCGACGCUCGGCCCGGGUGGCGGCUCGGCGAGCGCUGACGUGGCGGCGCGGAAGAUCUUUGUCGGGAACGUCCACGUGGAACUAUCGUCCGAGCAGCUGUUGUCGUUUUUCUCGCAGUACGGGGAUAUCGAGGAGGGGCCGAUCGGAUUCGAUAAGAGCACGAGUAAGAGCCGCGGGUACGCGAUCUUCGUUUAUAAGACCGCGGAAGGUGCGCAGAACGUUUUGCAGGAGCCGAAUAAGAUGAUUCAGGGGCAUCAGGUGUUUUGCAAGCUCGCUGGGGAAAACAGAGGCAAGCAACAGCAACAGCAGCAGCAGCAGCAGCAGCAGCAGCCGGGGUUAAUGAUGCUACCGGGGGUGGCGGAGGCGGAGCAGCAGCAGGGGUAUCCGCAGGUGGUGUUUUAUGGGGGGGGCGCGCAAGCCGCCGCUUACGCCGCCGCGUACGCGCAGCAGGCGCAGGCGCAGCAGUUCCAGGCGGUUCCGCAGCAGCAGCAGCAGAUGUAUCAGGUGGCGGACGUGUACGCGCAGCAGGCGCAGGCGCAGGCUCAGGCUCAGGCUCAGGCGCAAGCGCAAGCGCAGGCACAGGCGCAGGCGCAGGGGCAAGUUGCGCUGCAAGCGCAGUACUAUCAGCAAGCGCCCGCCGCCGCCGCGUACCAGCAGCAGGUAGCUGCUUACCAGCAACAGGCCGCAGUUGAUUAUCAACAACAGGCCGCAGCUGGUUACCAGCAACAGGUUGCAGCUGGUUACCAGCAGCAACCUGUGUACGUAACCCCUGCUGUUGCCGCCCAAACGCAGCCUUCCCCCGGUCAGGGCUACCCCCAAGUCGCAGCUCCCCCCGCCGCCCCCCAACUGGCGCCCACCCCCCAGGGUUACCCCGCGCAAGCGGCGGCCGCGCAGGGCUACUAUGCUCCGCAGGGGACAGUGCCCGCGCAGGGCGGAUACGUGCAAGGGGGGGUUGCUCCGCAAGCGGGGGUUUAUUACCCGCUGCAGGCACAGGCGCAUGCACAGGCGCAGGGGCAGGCGCAGGGGCAGGCGCAGGGGCAAGCGCAGGGGCAGGCUCAGGGGCAGGCACAGGGGCAGAUGCAGGCGCAGCAGGGGCAGCAGCAGGGCGGGAAAGGCGGCGCUGGGGAAGCUUCCCCCCAGCCUGGUGCAGCAGCAGCAGGAGGGGCUGCGGGGCGGCCCGGUUACCCUGUAACACCGCAGCUGCAUGCCCAGCAGCAGCAGCAGCAGCAGCAGCAGCAGGGGGCAGGGCAGCAGCAGCAGCAGGGGGUGGUGUAUGCAGGAUACUAUGGCGCACUGUAG